UUUUGUUCGUUGUUUCAUAUGUUUUGCUCUCUCUCUCUCUCUCUCUCUCUCUCUCAAAAAAAAAAAAAAAAAAAAAUCAAUUCAUGUAUAUUUUUUCUAAACUAUUAGAGUGAAUCAUUUGCACCUGAAUAAUUGAGAGUGAUUGUAAGUGUGAUGAUCAUCUGCUAAAUGAUCAACAGUGACCACAAUUCACACCUUCAGUCAGUGAAGCCACUCCCACAGUCGUUCACAAGAGAUUAAAUGCUGGGGAAUAUUCCCAUCUUCCCACAGGAGAAGAAGAAGAAAGCAGGAGAAAUUACUCCAGGAGAAACUACUGACAUACUAUUGUAAAGAUGGAGAUUAAAGAAGAACCCUGCAGAAUAAAAGAUGAAGAUAUAGAGGAACAAAUAGAUGGAAAUGCUAUCGUUUCACAGACUGAAAAGAGUUUCACACAGAAACAAGCUGGAAAAACUGGAGUCAAAGGAUCUUUCACCUGCUCUGAGUGUGGAAAGAGUUUCAGACGGAAAGGAAACCUAAAUCAGCACAUGAAAUAUCACACUGGAGAAAAACCGUUCACAUGCAAUCAUUGUGGAAAGAGUUUCAGUCGCAAAGAGGAAUUAAAUGUGCACAUGAGAAUUCACACUGGAGAAAGACCGUUCACAUGCACUCAGUGUGGAAAGAGUUUCAGGUGCAAAAGCACUCUCAAUGUUCAUCUGCGCCGUCAUUCUGGAGUGAGAUCAUUCAGCUGUGAUCAGUGCGAUAAAACAUUUGUUUUGGCAUCAGGCUUAAGUAGACACCUUAAAAAUCAUGCCACUGUAAAGCCUCAUGUUUGUUCUUUUUGUGGAAAGAGUUUUUCACAGCUGAACUACUUAAAAGUGCAUGAGAGUAUUCAUACUGGUGUGAAACCAUAUAAGUGCUUUGACUGUGGGAAGAGCUUUACUUUAUCACACAAAUUAAAAACACACCAGAGAAUUCAUACUGGAGAGAAACCGUACAAGUGUUCACACUGUGGAAAGAGUUUCACUCAGUCAAGAAACAUGAAAGAUCAUGAGAGAAUUCAUACUGGAGAGAAGCUGCACCAGUGCUCUUCAUGUGGGAAGAGUUUCACCAGUCUUUCUAAUCUUUUGGCUCAUAAGAAAAAGUAUUGCCCGGAGGUGUCUUAAGUGAGCAAAGUUCAGAUCCAUGAUUUAUAAAUAAUUUGAUAUUCAGAUUAAGCAAAAGAUGGAAUUACCUUUAAAAGAGUAAUUUAAAAUUAGUAGUGAACUUUGAUUGUUUGACAAGGGGAACCUUUGGGGAAGGUCAAAAUUGAUGUGUAUUGCAUUCCAAGUGUUGCUUGUUUUACAAAACCCCUUAUUGGUCCUCUCUUGUAUUACAGAUUGUAUACAAGGUGAACUGAGCAGUAAUGCAACAAUGUGAAAAUGCUUGUGUCAGCAUCAACAUCGUCACAACUGCACCAAAUGAACUGUUUUUCUCGGCUGGAUUUUUCUACAUAUGAAUGGUGUAAAAGCCUCGGAAUUUCUCGUCGCCCUCGUUAUAUUCAUCGGUCUCCUAAGCGCUGGCUGAUUCAACACUCCUCUUCUCCGUCUUCAAUACCC